CCGGAGCUCGUCGGCCGCCCCGGGAGUCCGCCGCCGCUUGGCGGAGGCGCCUUUCCCGCGAAAGCGGGGGCGAUGCAGGGGCAUCGGCAGCCGAGGGUCCGCUCAGGGAACCUGCCUUGGCCCGCGCCAGCCAUGGAUCCGGCGGCCGGUGGAGCCUGGGCCCACAGCCGCGCCGCGCUCGGCCGCCUGGAGAACUUGCUGCGCUGCUCGCGCUGUGGUAAUAUUCUGAGGGAGCCUGUUUGCUUAGGAGGAUGUGAACACAUCUUCUGUAGUAACUGUGUAAGUGACUGCAUUGGAACCAGAUGUCCAGUGUGCCAUACCCCAGCCUGGAUUCAAGACGUCAAAAUAAAUAGACAGUUGGGCAGCAUGAUCCAACUUUGUAGUAAACUUCGAAAUUUGCUCCAUGACAAUAAGCUUCCAGAUUUGAAAGAAGAUACAUCUAGAACACGUUUAUUUAAUGAUGCAGAAAGCAAGAAGAAUUCAAUAAAAAUGUGGUUUAGUCCUCGAAGUAAGAAGGUUAGAUACAUUGUGAGUAAAGUCUCAGUGCAAACCCAGCCUCAAAAGAUAAAAGAUGAAAAUACUCAGCAAACCUCAAUGUAUGAAUUUGUCUCUGCAACUCCUCCUACAGAUGUUCCUAAGAAGGCUAAAAAGAAUUCUACAACAUCUGGGAAAAAGCAGAAAAAGAAAACUUUAGCUGAAAUCAACCAAGAAUGGAAUUUAGAGGCAGGAAAAGAAAAUAGUGAAAUUGACUUGAAAGAUGAAUGUAAGGAAAAGCUGGUAUCCUUCUGUAGCCAACCAUCUGUUAUUGCUAGUCCACCGGUAAACGAUGAGAUAGACUUACUAGCAAGUGGCUCUGUCAUAGAAUGUGAACCUUUAGGAAACUUAACUGAAGCCACUUUGCCUCUGGCUGAGCAAAUCGAGUCUCCAGACAUUGACACCAAGAGUGAAGUGACUCUUGAGGAGGUCUGUGAAAACUAUCCUACAUCUAAAAGAUCUUUGCAAUUAGAUGGAAAAGGAAAACGUAGACUUCGCAGUCCUGUUUCUAAGAAACGAAGAAGCAGCAUUCCAAGCACUAGUAGAGAUUUUCCUAAGCAAACAGAGAUUUCAGAAAAUGUGCCAUUACCUAAUUGUUCCUCACCACCAUCAAGCAAACGUAAAGUUGGUACCACAUUGAGCAGAAAAAGCAGUAAUGUACUAGAAGAAUCCAUGAACCUUUCACCAGGUACUCCACCUUCUUCCUUGAAUAACUCAACUUACAGACGAAUGAUGUCCAGCCCCUCGGUUCUGAAGUCAUCUCCUGGUAGCCUUAUGGCUGGGAAAAGGAACCAUAGAGGAGAGACUCUGCUCCAUGUUGCUGCAAUUAAGGGUGAUGUGCCUUCUGUUGAAUACCUCUUACAAAAUGGAAGCGACCCAAAUGUUAAAGACAAUGCUGGAUGGACACCAUUGCAUGAAGCAUGCAAUCAUGGGCACCUGAGGGUGGUGGAAUUGUUGCUCCAGCACAAGGCCCUGGUGAACAGCACAGGGUACCAGAAUGAUUCCCCUCUUCACGAUGCAGCCAAGAACGGGCACCUGGAUAUAGUCAAGCUCUUGCUGUCCUACGGAGCCUCGAGGAAUGCCGUUAACAUAUUUGGUCUGCGGCCUGUGGAUUAUACAGACAAUGAAAAUAUGAAAUCACUAUUGCUGCUACCAGAGAAGAAUGAAUCUUCUUCAACUAGACAUGGCUUGGUAUUGAACACUGGGCAUCGUAGGGAUAGACCUCUUAUACUUAUAGGCAGUGGACUUUCUUCAGAACAACAGAAAAUGCUCGAUGAGCUUGCAGCAAUUCUCAAAGCCAAAAAAUGUACUGAGUUUGACAGUACAGUAACUCAUGUCAUUGUUCCUGGUGGCACACUUCAAAGUACCCUGAAGUGUAUGCUGGGAAUUCUCAAUGGAUGCUGGAUCCUAAAAUUUGAAUGGGUAAAAGCUUGUCUACAAAGUAAAACUUGUGAGCAGGAAGAAAAAUAUGAAGUUCCUGAUGGACCACAAAGAAGCAGGCUCAACCGAGAACAACUGUUGCCAAGACUGUUUGAUGGAUGCUACUUCUAUUUUGGAGGAACCUUCAAACACCUUCCAAAAGACAAUCUUAUUAAGCUUGUCACUGCAGCAGGGGGGCAGAUUCUCAGUAGAAGACCCAAGCCAGACAGUGAUGUGACUCAAACUAUCAACACAGUUGCAUACCAUGCCCAACCUGAUUCUGAUCAGCGCUUUUGCACACAGUAUAUCAUCUAUGAGGAUUUCUCCCCUCAUUAUCACCCAGAAAGGAUUCGGCAGGGCAAAGUCUGGAUGGCUCCAUCAAGCUGGUUUAUAGGCUGUGUGAUGGCCUUUGAGUUGCUUCCUCUUGACAGUUGAAUAUUACACCUGUGAGCAUUGGAUAGUGAACUUGCAUAGUUUGUGAGAACCCAACCAUUGAUCAGUCACAUUUUUACAAAUAGGUAAUGUCAUUCAAAUUUUUUAUUCUUUGAAUUAAACAGAUUAAGAAUUCACUCUAUUUACCUUGUAGAUGCUAAUGUUGCUUAAUUGGAUUUUUCUUUUUAAAACUGGCACAUGAUUUUUGAUUCAUCACAUCUGUUAUUCAUAUUAUCAGCCAGGAUUAGUGAGAAGGUAUCAGAGGCCUGGUUAAAUAUACAAGUGGUAGUGUUACUGUUUCAGCCUCUUAAUACUCUUUAGUGAAAAAAAUUCACACUUGCCACCAGCAAAAAUACUUUCCAUCCUUUAGUAAACCAGGAAUGUUGUUAAAUAGUUUACUCUAACUUUAUUGUAAUGAGAAGAGGAUCUGAUCUGAAUGUGCACCAGACAGAACUGUUCCUUCUUACGUUGUGUUUUAUACUGAUCCUUUAAAAAUACAUUUUACUUGAAUUCCUUCUUUGAUAUAUUAUUUUUCCGUAUCAACAAAAAUAUUAUGUGAGCAAAGUAAUAUGCUUCUGACCUUGACCUUCCAAGCUGGUUGAGCUCUGAAGCACUCUCUAGGACUGGACAUGUAUUUGUCCCAGAUUUCAUUCUAAUGGUGAAGGAUGAACACUGUAGUAACAAGCAAAUCUGAGGAACUAGAUAAUGUCCAGGUUAAACAGUUCAAGACUCUGGAACUUUAGUAGUCACUUUUAUUGAUACUGAUUUAAAUCACUUUAUUUUACCUCAUUGGUCCCAUUCCUAGACAGGUCUGAAUCCCUGUUUGUAAAAAUAUAUUUGGGGUUUCCUGCUUACCUGCCUUAUUUGUUUUAUUGGUUUAGCACUCUCCCUCCUUAUGCUUUUCUUCCUUCCCUACCCCACUGUUAAGCAGAAUUAUUUUUGGUUUCUUUAAAUACUGUUUUGUGACAGUAGCUGAUUUGCGUUAAACUCUUGAAACUGUAGUUUGUAUUUCCUGUAUAGAUACACUUGUAAUUAAUUUUAUUUCAAUCAUAGAUUCACGCUUCCUUUUUAUUUGACAUAAAUAAUUAAAUUUAUUGGUGUUUCCAUAUGUAUGUUUCUUUUGUAAAAGUGAUUUACUCUGUUCUUAAGGGAUGAAACUAGACUUGUGAAGAAAUCUUUCCACUAACAAAAGCCCUAUCUUUUUAACAUUAAUACUUUUUAUAUUAAUUUUGAAUAAAAAUAUUUCUAAAAUAAGGUAGAUACUUUAUAAGCUUAAAUUGUUCUGCUUAUAAUGUGGCUUUGAUAGUUGGAAUCAUAUUUAAAGAAUCACACAGUGAUUCCAUCCUGGUUCUAUUAAGGUCAGAGAUCUAUAAGCUUUUCUCUUUCUUAAAUUUUUUCUCUUUUUAAAUAUUUAUUUAUUUGAGAGGUAGAGUCACAGAUGGAGGGAGGGAGAAACAGAGAAAAGUCUUCCAUCUGCUGAUUCACUCCUCAAAUGACCUUGAAGGCCAGAGCUGGGCUGAUCUGAAGCCAAGAUCCAGGAGUUUUAACCAAGUCUCCCACAUGGGUUUAGGGGCUCAUGCACUUGGGCCAUCUUCCAUUGCUGCUUUCCAGGACUAUCAGCAGAGAGCUGAAUUAGAAGAGGAGCAGCUGGGACACUAAUGGGCACCCAUAUGGGAUGCUAGUGCUACAGGCGGAAGUUUAGCCUACUAAUAGUUCACUCUCCAAUCGGCUGCAAUGGCUGGGGCUGAGCCCAAGCCAAAGCCAGGAACCCAGAAUUCAAUAAGGAUCUCGUGUGAGUGGCAGGGGCCCAAGCACUUGAGUCAUCUUUCAGUGCCUUCCCAAGUGCAUUAGUAGGCAACUGAAUCUGAAGUGGAGCAACCAGCUGUUGAUCCAGGGCUCCAUUAUGGGAUGCCAGCAUAACAUACAACAGCUGAACCCUGUGCACCUCAGUGCCAGCCUGAGAUUUCAAUCUUUGCACCAAAUAAGCAUCUUUUAUUCCAUAUAAAGGACCCUUGUAUUUCACAUGACUUUUUUUUGGUGUCUGCACUUGGCAGCUUUCUUCCCUUUUUUUUUUUUUCCCUUCUUGAUAGCUGUAGCUUUGUAGCUAUUUAUCUCUAAUACUUUAUCACAUCUAAUUUGUUUUUUCUUAAUUGCUGAAAAAUAGAAACAAGCAAGGAAAUAUAUUAGCUUUAUGAAUAAAGUAAGGACAAAUGUGCAGUGCAAGAGAGUUUUAGUGAUUUACCUAAGAGAUUCUUGAAUUUCACUAAAUAGAAUUUGCUGUUUAUGUCACCUGUCCCAAUUUCCGUUGAGCCCACUCUGUGAACUGAUAGUUAGGUGAUGUCUUCAUAGAAGAAGAAUGUCCUGGGAGGUCUGAUGUUUCCUCUGGGAACGAGAAGAUUCAGGGAAGAGGAAGCCACGUGGACUGUUGCUGCCUCCGUGGUUAGUGUAGAGAAGGGGUUAAAUGUGUCCUGAUGGCUCGUGGACCUCCUUGUAGUCCAAAUGCCCAUUUCAUUCCCUAACCAGAACAUACAAAAUAGCAGAAAAGUAUGCUUAUUUUACUCAAUAAUUAAAAGUUGCUAUUUUCUUUGGAGGUGGCUUGAACUACAAUUUGUGGUCUUGGUAUAUGCCUUGGUAAGUUAUAUUUUUUCGACAUUGUAUACAUCAACUACUUAAUAAAUGAAGACUAAGAAAUUA